GAGAGAGAGAGAGAGAGAGCCAUGCUAAAACUCACAAGAACUUUCUCCGGUCUCCGCUGCUCUCUCUUCCUCGCACUAAUCUUAUCAGCCUUGUUGACGAUUCUGCAUUCGAAGUACCUCCGUGACGGCCCGGCUUCUUUGACCAACGCCCUCGUACUUACCGCGGCAAAACCCACGACUUUCCAACCGAGUCUCCGUCAGGAUGAGAACGUCUCCUCCACCCGAUCCUCUCCCACAAAUCCACAAUUCCACAAAGAAAGCGAAGUGGAUAAACAGCAGCUUCAGAUCAGCACAAACGCUUCUUCCACUACAGUUAACUUCGGGACAAUUGUGGGACAAAGGUUCAAAGAGAGACGAGAACUUCUUGAAGAACAAUGUUCAGCUCUCAGGGAAACCUUGCCAGACCAAGUUCGAAGAAUUUUCAUGAACGCUCUCUUCUUCGUGAAAAAAUAUAACUUCUUCACCUGCAUUACUCCGAAGGUCGGCUCCACCACUUGGAAAGCACAUCUCCUGAGAAUGAAAGGGUUUUCUUCAAAUAUACGGGACCCUCACGACUUCAAUCAACACAUUGCGCUUAAAUUCCGAAAAGAAAAGCCGGAUGAACUGUUACGGUCCAAAAAGUAACGAAAGUUAUCACGGUCCGGCACCCUCUCUCCCGCCUCCUCUCGCGUUCCGCAAUAAGCUCGGGGGAGGUGACGUCAUCACGAGAGACCCCGUCAGGUUCCGGUUCCUGCGCUCCGUGCUGGGCCACUUCGGCGCGCGCGUGACCCGGGGCAGGCCGGCCUCCGUCUCCUUCCUGGAUUUCAUGAAGUUCGUU